ACCAGAUAGGCUUAGAGAAGAGACAUCUAAAUUCCACCUUUCUUCACAACGCACAUUAGCCGCAUUUGGUGUUCACCUACAAGAAUCAAUCAACCAAAGAACUUCUUUACCCUGUAUUAGUUACUGAAACACCAACAAUUCAACCGUUUCGACUUGCAUAUCCAAUUAUACAAUGUAUGUUGAAUUACCCUUUGAGGAGUUAAAACCCGACACUCGGAAAAGACGAGUAGCCUAUUUCUAUGACCAGGAUGUUGGAAACUACUUCUAUGGAACUGGUCAUUGUAUGAAACCACAUCGAAUAAGAAUGACCCAUUCCUUAAUUAUGAAUUAUGAAUUGUACAAGAAGAUGGAAAUUUAUAGAGCCAAGCCAGCAACCAAUUUAGAAUUAACCCAAUUCCACACCGACGAAUACAUAGAUUUCAUUGAUAGGGUCACCCCUGACAAUUUACAAUUGUUUGAACGAGAACAAAUCAUCUUUAAUGUCGGUGAUGAUUGUCCUGUGUUUGAUGGUCUUGGAGAAUUUUGUAAAAUUUCAUGUGGUGGGUCCAUGGAAGGGGCAGCCCGAUUAAAUAAUGGACUGGCUGAUAUUGCCAUUAAUUAUGCUGGGGGAUUGCAUCAUGCCAAAAAGUCAGAAGCUAGUGGAUUUUGUUAUUUGAAUGAUAUUGUAUUAGGGAUAAUUGAAUUAUUAAGAGUUCAUCCUCGAGUUUUGUACAUAGAUACCGAUGUUCAUCACGGUGAUGGGGUCGAAGAAGCAUUUUACACCAAUGAUAGAGUAAUGACAUGUUCUUUCCAUAAAUUUGGUGAGUUUUUCCCCGGGACAGGUAACUUGAAUGAUAUUGGAAUAGGCAAGGGGAAAUACUAUGCCGUUAAUGUACCACUUAGGGAUGGGAUAGAUGAUGCAUCAUACAAGUCGAUUUUUGAACCAAUAAUAGCAGCAAUAGUAGAUUGGUACCAACCUUCAGCUAUUGUAUUACAAUGUGGUGGUGAUUCUCUAAGUGGUGAUAGAUUGGGACCAUUCAAUUUAUCGAUGAGAGGUCAUGCCAAUUGUGUUAAUUUUGUAAGAUCACUUGGAAUACCAAUGAUGGUAGUUGGUGGAGGAGGAUACACAAUUAGAAAUGUGGCUAGAACAUGGGCAUUUGAAACUGGGAUCUGCAAUGGGGCUAUAUUACCCAAAGAAUUGCCCUAUAAUGGAUACUAUGAAUAUUAUGCUCCUUUGUACGAGUUGGAUGUGAGAUCAUCCAAUAUGAACAAUGCCAAUUCGAGAGAAUAUUUGGAUAAGAUAUUGACCCAGGUGAUCUCAAAUCUUGACCAUACCAAGCAUGCUCCUUCAGUUCAAAUGAAUGAGGUACCUGUGGGUAUGGAUCUAGAUGAAGACUUGGAGGAAGAUUUGCCCGAGCUGCUUGAUACUAAAGGAGGUUCGCAGCGUGCGAGAGAUAAACUAGUAGAGGCAGAAGGAGAAUUUUAUGAUGCUGAUGAAAAGGAGUUUGGUGCAACUAAUAUUUCUAACGGUUACAGUUUAUCAGAAAGUGAAAAGGCAGAGAUUGAAGAGUUAAAUAAGCAAAUUGUCUGAUCUUGAAUAAUCAGUAUGAGUUUGCAACCUUACUUAUAAGCACCCCUUAGCUUUAUUGCAUGUAAACUAAAUGUACUUAUUCUUU